AUGGAGGACCCUGACUUUCCAGGAACAAUCUAUAUCAUAUGGAAGCCUUUAAGUGUUUCUGACUCUAAUGGAAUUAUACUUGGAUACAAAGUGAAUAGAAGAAAUCAUCCUUUGAUAAACACUACUGAUGUUAAGAUAUCAUUCCUCCGGAUCCGAGAAGCCUGUGAGGUUACUGUGUUCGCUUAUAACUCAGCUGGGGACUCUCCUGGAGCCACGCUGAGAAUCCCUGCAAUUUCCAAACAGGAUGUUCUGCGAGUAAUUCCAGUCGUACAAGCUUUUCCUAAAAAUAAUCAGCUAUGGGUUGAGUGGAAAGCUCCUCUGUCGGCAGUAAGUGGAUACGUGAUUGACUGGUGUGUGGGUACAGAGGCCGUUUGUGACAGAGACUGGCAGCAUGUUAACAACACCACCCUCACAACGUAUUUAAAAGGUAAUAUUGAGCCACUGAAACGUUACAACAUCUCAGUCUACCCUGUUUAUGAGCAAGGUGCUGGAACUCCUACAUCAACUGAGGCCUACCUUAGGGAAGGAGCACCAGGGAAAAUUCAUACACCAGAUGUACUGGAUAUUAAGAGCACAGAGGCUACUAUCAAAUGGAAAGAGAUUCCAAAGGACCAAAGAAAUGGUUUCAUCGUUAAUUACACCAUUGUUUUCCUCAACAAAGAACAACACUUUAAGACUGUCAACUCAAAUGUGCUGGAGUGCACACUGCAGUCUCUGCAGCCCAGCACACAGUACAGAGUUUACUUAAAAGCCAGCACCAAGGCGGGAAGUAUUAAAAGCAGUGAUGUGAUCUUUACUACUUCAUUGCCAACAGAAGCCGUUGUGUCUGUAACCUUACCGUUUGUUUUCCUGAUUUUCCUCUUUGGAGUGAUCUGUGUCAUAAAGAAGCCUGUAUUAAAAGAACAGUUUUGGCCCCUUGUUCCAAACCCAUCCAAAAGCUCUCUGGAACACUGGCUUGAUGAAUACCAUUUUCAGAAUAUACUGGAAUGGACAGUACUGACUCCAGAUGAUGGUUCUUCCGUUUGUGAUGUACAUUUUAGUGAUAGCAUUAAUUCAGAUCAUUUGUAUUCCUCUUCAGAAAAACAGCUUCUUGAUUCAUAUAUUACAGAAUCGCCUGUGCCUGGCACUGGAGAAGACAUAGACCAGCAUUCUGCUAACAGUAAUAAUUUUCUGCAAUUCUUUUCUAACACUGAGUAUAUAUCCAUGGUUCAGACUACUGAGUUUUUAGCUUCCAAAGACAGUUUGGAUGUAACUAUGAGUCCAACAGCGACAGAAACCACAGGACUGAAGCAGGCUGCUGGUCAACUGCAUGUCACACAAACCAGGCUUGACCUACUGUGUAACACCAUAGCAACAAGUGGAGAGGAAAUGCCCCCUUCUCAGGAACUUGAAAGCUCCCAGCCAUAUGUUAAAGAAUAUGAGGUAACAGCCACAAAUUCAGCUUUUCAGAAUAGCACUGACUUCCCAUAUACCUGGUUACCCAUGUAGAAACUUUUCACAUUCUAAUCAUUUUUACCACUCAUUUAGUUUAAACACGUAUUAACAAAUGCAUUAGCGGUACUUCACCACCAAGAAAAAUUAGGUAGUAUUGGUUUGCUGGAUCAUCUUUCAAAUGAAUAAAACAUAAUGCUAUUGUGCGUAAUGCACAAGAGUUAAAUUAGACAUAGUUGUAAUUGAUGAAACAAGCAUGUUGGGUUUAUAUCAAAUUAACUCUUUGGACUAGUUUCAUAACAUUUACAUUUGUAUUUAUUUAUUUCUAAAAGGAAUAAAUAAAGCAAACCUGAUACUGAUGCACUGCAAUCAGAACGAUAACACUAUGUAACACAAUUUUUGUUCCUGGGUAGUAAGUGUUAUUUCCUAAUUGCUUAUG